AUGGCAAUGAGGCCGCUCGUCGUCCUGGCUCUGGCCGUGGCGCUGGCCGGGGUGGCGCUGCGAGGGGGCGCCGCGGAGGGGGCCGGCGAGUGCGGGAGGUCCUCCCCCGACCGGAUGGCCCUGCGCAUGGCCCCGUGCAUCUCGGCGGCGGACGAGCCGGACUCGGCGCCCUCCAGCAGCUGCUGCUCGGCGGUGCACACCCUAGGGAAGAGCCCCAGCUGCCUGUGCGCCGUCAUGCUGUCCGGCACCGCCAAGAUGGCCGGGAUCAAGCCCGAGGUGGCCAUCACCAUCCCCAAGCGCUGCAACAUGGCCGACCGCCCCGUCGGCUACAAGUGCGGAGCAAUGCUGAGUCCGGUUUCGUUGUUUCGACAGAUUACACGCUGCCUUGAUGGCCCAGCUCUGGUGCUGAUGAAGAUGAAUGCUGUGGAAGAUAUGGUCGUGUGGGAAUAA